AUGGAACCAAUCAAACAACGUUCGAUGGUUCUACUUCGCUCUAUGUUCAACGCAAAGCACACCAUCACGGGGAGUCCACGGGUCUUCCAGACAGAGACUUACCUAAAUCAAGAGGGCGGCAUCACUAUUGAGGGUGGGCAAAUGGGUCUUACCCUCAAGCAGUAUGUAGAUCGCCUUCGCGAUGACGGCUGGAUUACGGUCCCCACAAUGUCUUCAGCCAAGCCAGUUGGGUUUGGCAAAAAGCGUACGGGCCCUCCCCCAGUAACCGUUAACUUUGAGCUGUUUGUUCUGAUGAAAAUGUAUACCAAACGGAUUGAAUUAUCGGAGGAGGAUGGUCGACCAUCUGGGAAGCGUCGUGACCGGUCUGAGUACCUGGUUGCAUAUAGCACCGGACACGGGCCUUCCAAGAUCGCUCGUCAACAAAAUCCCAUUCAGUCCUCAUUUUCGCUUCCCCCUGCAGGAACUAUGAGGACUGUUCCAACUUCUACCAAGGCGAAGUUUCAACAGUCUUGCUGUGUUCAACUGACUCCCUUGGGCGACCCGGUUAUUCAAAACGAGAGGAUGAUCACAGGCUUUAUUUCGGACGUACAUGUUGCGCAGGGCUCAAUGAAGGUCGUGCACGAGAAGGACGCUGGGUUGCGAAGAGGUUCUUCAAAAUCCGAGAGGGCCAAAACGAAUUGGAAAGCAGUGCGCAACCUUUCGCUUGCUCGCGGAAAGGCGAUGCUCGAGCUGUUCUACGAGCGAUGUGAAGAGAAGGGUGUCGAUGCCUACCUCUAUCUUUCCUUCGCGAAGGGCCUUCUGUUGCAGGAGAUUGGAAAACACUCACCUGCUUCUGGCCAGUUAUGCGAUUCUGAGACAGACCAUGAUGGACAGGAGGUCAUCGGUAUUAAGUGGCUCGCUGAGGAGCGUCACUUAAGCCGCCGUAUUGUGCGGUUCUGUGGCACGAUGCAGCACCAGACCACCAGGACGGACUUAGCGUAUCAAACCGUCCACACCUUCAAUCAUUUCGUGUACUUACAUACAAACCGACAGCUCAUUUUUGCUGAUUUGCAAGGAACACCGACUUCUGUCAAGCUGGCUAGCGGCGAAGUCGUAGAGGGAAUGAUGUUGUUUGAUCCUAUGACCCAUACCAUUAAUCAUGGCUCUGGAAUCGGAGAUUUUGGACAAGAGGGCAUUGACACCUUUGUUGAGCAACACACCUGUGGACCACUGUGCCGUGCCUUGCACUUGCUCGACUCAGACGGCUCCGAUGUAAAUGCCCCUAAAGCAACCGAUACUGAGGAGUCAGAAGAUGAGGCGCAAGACAACGAUUAG